AUGAGCUUCCACGCCUCCGCUACCAAUAUCGAGCUGGAAGAUGGCCACAUUCUCAAGGCCACUCUGUUGAACAGCGAAGGUGAAGAGGUCGACUCGGAGCUGGACCUGAAUGAGAUUAUCGGCAAUAACAACGGAUCAUUCGAAUGGGGAGGCGAGAACUUCCAGGAUAGUGCCGAGGACAUUGAAUUCUCUCGCGAUGAGCGAGAUGAUGGCGAGGCUAUCCCCGUGCUUCGGGCCAGUUUAGGUAACCUCGAGGGGGAGAAUGUAUCUGCAGACAUUAACUUGGCGGAGCGGAUCACCAACGAGGAUGGUCAUUUGAAGUUCAUCUAG